AUGAAUUGGCAUAAAACAUUAAAAUUUACUAAUCAAUUAUCUUAUGAUACGAAUACAAAAAUUCCUCGAAUUUCAUCGGACAUGAAGUUUUUCAUGUGGUAUAAUUCUUAUGCUAUAUAUGGUGCACGUGAUACACUUUAUAUAUUAAAACCUGAUUUAAAUAAUUCUUUAGUACAAUUAUUUUCUUAUAAUUGGCCUAUUGAUGCAACAACAAUGGAAGAAUGUCUUCAAGAAUGGAAUACUAAGGAAAAAUGUUAUAAUGAUAUUGUACACGUUCGAAUUUUACCUAAUAGUACAAUAAUGGAUGUUUAUUGUACAUAUGCUCAUCGACCAAUGGUUCGUUCAUUUGAUCUUCAUUCAUUAUCAUUUACGAAAGAAGAUACUUUGAUACGUGAUCCACAUCCACCUAUGGAUUCUGAUCGUUCAUAUGUUAUGCUAACUUUUAAUACAAGUAUAGUAACCGCUGGUUAUCAAGGUGAUUAUAUUCCAACAAUACGUGCUACACAAGGAAAAACAUUACUUUAUGCAUUAAGACAAAAUUCCUAUUUUAUUGGUGGAUUUAAAUAUGAUGGGAAAGCAGUUUUUGGUGUUUUAGAAACAUCCGAUCGAAUUGAAACAAAUCGUGUAUCUCGAUUAGUGAUGGCAUGUGCGAAUCGUGCUGAAAUUAUCCGUAAAGCGACUCUUAAUUGUUCAACAGAUAUGUUUGAUCCAUCACGAUCAUUUGUUUUUCAUAUUUUAACUGCUUUAAUCGAUCCGAUUCGUACAAAAAAUGGAUCCGUAUUACUUUUUGCUACAUUUACUACAAAUAAUUCAUCUAUAACUGCAUCAGCUGUCUGUUUAUUUAUUCUUAAUAAACAAUUUUAUGAUAUAUUCACUGGUUCAUCCGUUAAAAAUACUCGAACAAAUGAAAUGAAUGAAUUAAUUUUUAAUUGUUCUGAAUCAGUACCAUCAACAAUUGAUCGAGAUAUGGUAGAAUCCGAAAGACAAUUCUUACCUUACUUAUCUAAUCCAUUAUUCAUCGAAACAAUGUCAAAUCAUAUAUUUACAGCAAUUAAUGCCAUUCAAUAUGAACUUGACAGAUAUUGUUUAAUUAUUGGAACAAGUAAUGGUCAUUUAUUUACAGCAUUUACUGAUCAUACAUUUAAAACAAAUAUAUUCGAAGAAUUAACAUUACCGUUAAAUAUGCGUUAUUCUAUUAAAUCGAUUACACAUAAAAAAUUUAGUCAUAAUCAUUCAUAUGCAAUUAUCAUAACAAAUCAUGUGGGAUAUUUAAUAUUGAAAUUAAAUAUAUGUAAAGAAAAUAAUACAAAACUUUGUUUUGAUUGUUGGUUGAAAGAUUGUUCGAUACAAAAAAUAAUUUCAAUAGAUAAAUCUAUUCAACAUCAAUGUCCUUCGGAAAAUAGUAUACAUACUUCAUAUAUGAAUAAUCAUUCAUCAUUAAUUAAUCGAAAUAUAGGUGAACAUACAAAACGAAAUCUUUUACUUUAUAUUAUUAUUCCGAUGUCAUUUGUUGUAUUCGUAUUAUUAAUAUUAAUUAUUAUUCUUUUAACAAAAUCAACGAGGAAAAUAAAACGAGGACGAUUUUACCCUAGUCAUUGUCGUAAAACACAAGAUUCAUCAAUUAAACAUAUGUUUCCCCAUACAUAUACGAAUAAUAUUAUGUACAAAACAAAUAAUAAAAAAUUAUCUACGAAUAAAAAAACUCAACAACAACAUAUGUUUCCUGUUAAAUCAGAUAUAUGUAUACGUGAAACUUGCUCAAAUCCUAUUUAUUCAACAAUAUCUUCACAAAGUUUACCAUCAUUAGUAUUAUCAACGCCAACAAUUGUAUCAUUAAAUACACCACAACCUCUUUCAGUUCAUCGUCUUUAUAAAAGUUAUAUGUAA